CUCUGUCUCUGUCUUUUCCUUCUCUCUGUCUUUGAGCUUCUCUCCCCUUUUCGCUCUCUCUGAUGUGCAGUCUCUCCAGCUCGCCUGGGACUCUCGCCUCUCUCCACCUACUGUGCACAUCCGCUAUGCACAGCUCUCUCCCCCCUCUCUCUCUCCCUCUCUCUCUCUCUCUCUCUCUCUCUGUUUUCCCUCUGUGUGCUCUCCCUCUCCUCUCAGUGUCUUUCUGGGUCUGCGUUACACCGUCUCCUCCCCGGCUGUGACUCUCGCCAUCCCUGCUUCUCUCGCCUGCUUCCCCUGCUCUCUCUCUCUCCUUCUCUCACUUCCUCUCUCUCUCUCUCUCUCACUCUCGCUCUCUCUCUCUCCAGGCUGCGCCUCAUUGGUGUGUCCUGAUUCCCUUUUUUUCCAUUAGGCUCCAGGCCCAUUGGUCGCCUGCCUCCCAACCAUUAUCUCCACUCCUCCACCCCUCUGUCAUCCUUUCUCCCUUCGCUCUCCCUCCUCCUCCCCUCAUUCUCAGUCAUCUCUCGCAAGUCGUAAAAAUGAUUUGCAUGCAGGAGGAGAGCAGAACUUUGCAGUGAGCACAGUAAGUGAAUCGAGGGGAGAGAAAGGAAAAAGGCUGGAAAGGGGGACGCGUUGUUCGGGAGAGGAGGAGGAAAAGUUUAAAAAGAGAAGACUGCAGUUGAAAAUGAGUGUGGAGGAGAUGUGGUGAGCCGUUUCCGUCCAGCUGAACUUCACUCGGUCAAAGUGGCAGCAGAGGUCUGGACCAAAGAGCUGUCUCAACCCCAAACCAUUUCAGAUGGAGCUGGAUGCAGACGAUAAGCGCCAUCGAACACGCUCCAAAGCAUUGAAUCUUCACUGCAGAUAAACCAGUGCCUGUGGAUCCGGCGUUAACAGAGCUUUUCAGUGGUGGAUCUUGGAUUUCUCUAAAUCAGGGGCCAUAAAGGGGCCUCAAACUACACAGAGGGGCCAAUUAUACAUGUUAAUGGCUGCCCCCUGGCCAAGAAGAGAAAGAGUCUAGACAGACAGACCCUGGAAACGUCCCCCAAGAGGAGCACCUACCUAGAUGACAUGGACAACUCCACGAUGGAGGAAUGCUACGAGACAGACGGGACCGAGGAGAUGGACGACAGGGAGGAAGAGGAGGAGGAGGGAGCCGUAGAGGAGGAGGAGGGGGAAGUGGAGGAGGAGGAAGAGGAGGAGGUGGAGGGCUACAUGGACUACAACGUAGAGCAAAUGGAGCACGAAGAGGGGGAGGUGGACAGAGGCGAUGGGGAGGAGGAGGAGGAAGAAGAGGAGGUAGAGGUGGAGCAAGAAGAGGAGGAGGAGGAGGAGGAGGAGGGCGAUGAGGAACGGGUGGAGGAGGCGGAGGAGGAAGAGGAGGAGGAAGCGGUAGAGGAAGUGGACUAUGAAGAGGGAGAGUCGGAGGAAGGAGAGCAGAGUCAAGGGCAAGAGGACGAUCAGAUGAGCAGCAGCGAGGGGGGCGAGGGCGACAGCAGAGGUGGCGGUGGCGGUGGUGCUGGCAAUGCAAAAUCCGGCCAGAUGACGGAGAAGGACAACAACAACAAUGAAGAGUACGAAAACUACGACGAGCUCGUGGCAAAGUCCCUCCUGAACCUGGGCAAGAUUGCAGAAGACGCCGCCAACCGGGCCAUGACGGAGUCCGAGAUGAACAGCAACUCCUCCAACAGUGCAGAGGAAGAGGAGGAGGAAGAGGAGGAAGAGGAAGAGGACGAUGACGAUGAAGAAGAGGAGGAAGAGGAAGAGGAGGAAGAGGAGGAGGAAGAAGAGGGGGAGGGGGGUGAAACGCAGAGGGGUGAUCUAACUUUGGACAUUGACAGUGAUGUGGUUCGGGAGACAGUGGACUCCCUAAAACUGCUGGCACAAGGUCACGGUGCGGUGUUGUCUGACAAUUUAGAUGGACAGGAGUUUGAGGAUGGCGCUUUGACUGACUGUACCCAUAAUGGGGGAAAUGCACACAAUGGUGGACAACUUAAGACCUCCAGCAAUGGACAAAUUGAAAACAGCGAUGAGGAAGUGUGUUUAAGCAGCUUGGAGUGCCUACGGAAUCAAUGCUUUGACCUAGCUCGGAAACUAAGCGAAACAAAGUCCACCGACCGAAAUGGACCGUCCCAGCAAAAUCAUUUCUCGUGCGGGGAUCCCAAUCAGCAGCUCCAGCACCACGGCUAUGGGGAUUUCCACCAUGGCCCAGACGACAGGCGGAACUAUUCCGACAUGGACAAUCUCAUGAAGUUGGAGGAGCAGCUGAGCCCGCGCUCCAAAGCUUUCGCCAGUUGCGCACAGGACGACCGGUAUCACACCAACCACCGGGACUUCGAUGAGGACACCGCCUCAGUCACGUCAGACCGAUCGGAAGAGGUGUUUGACAUGACAAAGGGCAACCUGUCGCUACUGGAGAAGGCCAUUGCACUAGAGUCCGAACGCGCCAAGGCAAUGCGAGAUAAAAUGGCGGCUGAGGCUGCCAGGAGAGAUGGGGUGAGGUAUAACCAUGACGAUCAUGGCCCACGGCAUGGCUAUGGUGUUGAGCGUAAAGCCCGCCUUCAUGAUGGCAUGAAGAAGCCUUUUUAUCACAAAGAUGCUUCUCGUGCGGACAAGAAGGAAAGCCGCUGUCCGACGCCGGGCUGUGACGGCACCGGCCACGUGACUGGCCUGUACCCGCAUCAUCGGAGUCUAUCUGGCUGUCCGCACAAAGACAGGGUGCCGCCAGAAAGUAAGCAUUUUGUGGCAAUGUAUGAGAAUGUUCUUAAGUGUCCUACGCCUGGCUGCACGGGACGCGGCCAUGUCAAUAGCAACAGAAACUCCCAUCGAAGUCUGUCCGGAUGUCCCAUCGCUGCAGCCGAGAAGCUGGCCAAAGCCCAGGAGAAGCACCAGAGCUGUGACGGCCCCAAACCCAACCAGGCCUCCGACCGAGUCUUAAGGCCUAUGUGCUUUGUCAAACAACUGGACUAUCCACAGUAUGGUUACAAGAACAAUGUCUCCACCAGCACGCCCCGCUCCAACCUGGCCAAGGAGCUGGAGAAGUACUCCAAGACCAGCUUCGACUACAGCGCCUUCGACGGAAGCAGCAACCACCAGGUGUACGGGAAGCGGGCCAUCGCGCCCAAGGUGCACGGACAAAGGGACACCUCGCCGAAAGGAUACGACGCCAAACGCUACUGCAAAAACUCCAGUUCGGCCAGCAGCACCACCAGCACCUACGCUCCCAGCAGCAGCAGCAGCAGCCUGAGCUGUGGUGGCGGCGGCGGAGGGGGUGCGGGAGGCGGCGGGGGCAGCAGCGCCAGCAGCACGUGCAGCAAGAGCAGCUUUGACUACAGCCACGACAUGGAGGCCGCCCACAUGGCGGCCACGGCCAUCCUCAACCUGUCCACACGCUGCAGGGAGAUGCCCCACAGCAUGGGGGGGAAGCCACAGGACCUGUGCUCGCAGAGUCCCGGUCUAGACGUUGAUGAGAACGGUACGUUGGACCUGAGUAUGAGCAAGCGUCUGUGCGGCCGUGCUGGUGGAGGUGGUGCUGGAGGGGACUCUGUGCUCACCCCUCUAGAGCCGAUGUCCCCCCAGAGGCAAGCGGCCCUGCUGGGCUCCCGCUGCUACGGCAUGGGGGACGCCGCUGACUGCUGGGACCUGCCAGUAGACUACACCAAGAUCAAACACAUAGAUGAGGACGAGAAAGAGCCGGACGACCUGGACCCCUUCCACGACCUGCUGGACGACGGCUCCUACACCACCGACGUGAACAUGCCCAGCCCCAAGCCCAAGUACAUCCAGUGCAAGGAGAGUAAGAAGGACCUGAUAACUCUCUCAGGUUGCCCUUUAGCUGAUAAAAGCAUUCGAAGUAUGCUGGCCAACAACGCGCAAGAGCUCAAGUGCCCGACACCAGGGUGCGAUGGUUCGGGACAUAUCACUGGCAACUACGCCUCACACAGAAGUCUCUCAGGGUGUCCGCGGGCCAGGAAAAGUGGGAUAAAGAUCAUACACAGUAAAGAGAACAAGGAGGACCAGGAGCCUAUCAGGUGUCCAGUCCCAGGUUGUGAUGGUCAGGGACAUGUGACCGGGAAGUACGCGUCCCACAGAAGUGCGUCCGGAUGCCCCAUAGCAGCCAAGAGACAAAAGGACGGUUAUCUAAAUGGCAUCCAGUUCACGUGGAAGUCUGGCAAGACGGAGGGCAUGUCCUGCCCCACGCCGGGCUGCGACGGCUCGGGUCACGUCAGCGGCAGCUUCCUGACGCAUCGGAGUCUGUCGGGUUGUCCGCGUGCCACCUCCGCCAUGAGGAAAGCCAGGCUCUCCGGAGUGGAAAUGCUCACAAUAAAGCAGCAACGCGCCAGCAACGGGCUGGAGAACGAGGAGGAGAUCAAACAGCUGGACGAGGAAAUCAAAGACUUAAGUGAAUCCAAUUCGCAGGUGGAGGCGGACAUGAUCAAACUGAGAACGCAGAUCACGACAAUGGAGUCCAACCUGAAGUCCGUAGAGGAGGAAAACAAGAAACCACUGGCACACAAAGAGCCUCCACUACGGAAUAACAGCUGCUUACAGAUGCACCAGCAAGAGCAAAUCAGCGAUCAGAACUUUGAUGCCUAUGUGACCACUCUAACGGAUAUGUACACAAAUCAAGAGCAGUAUCAGAGCCAGGAAAACAAAACCCUGUUGGAAAACAUCAAGCAAGCCGUGCAAGGGAUCCAAGUGUAACCACUUCUUUAAGUGAAGGGACAUUUUUUUUUGUUCCCCCCCGGCAGGUCUGGACGGUGCAUCAAAUCCACACACAAACAGGCAGUGGCGGUUUCAGCUCCUCGUUGCGGUGCAGUGACUUAUAUAGUGUUAUAUAUUCUGAAUUCUCUCAAAAAAGAGGUGUUAUGCUUAGGAAGACCUCAAGAUCAUUACUUUUCCGUCUUUCUUUUCCUUUUUGGGUCUUGCUUUGAGGAAGAACAUUAAAAGAGACAAACCGCAGAAUAGUUUUUGAGGACAUUCACAUUUUGUACGUUUUCAUAUGAGCUGACAUAGUGUCAUGUAAUGUUUCUAGCUGCUCAUGUAUGCACAUUUUUAGUGUAUAUUUCUGAACAGUACAAGCUAAUGAUUACGGAACGAGAGUUCUUUUUAUCGUUUGACGACAAAAGCAUUUUAGAUGAAAAAACGGACAGUGAAAUAAAAACGAAAAAACUACGAGCCAGGAGGAAGCUAGUUAUUUUUCUGCUCACGGGUGGAUUUUGGACUGGAUGAUUUUAGAUGUUUUGUUCUUCUUCUCCUCCUCCUCCUCCUCCUCUUCUUCAUCUUGCGUGUAGAUUGUUCAAGAGCAAGAACUGGUUUGCGAAUUGCUUUAUUUUCUGACAAUGCUUGAGAAACGUUUGUGUUUUGUUUUGAUGAAGAACAACAAAAAAGGAUGUGUAGCUGUAGGUGGGGGCAUUUUCAAUUGGUGCUGUAAAGGAAACUGACCUGAUGUUUGUAUGAAUGUAUGUAUGAACAGUUAUAUUGUAAACAUCAUUACACGGAAACCCGAUGGUGGAAUUCCCAUUAAUCUAGGAGAGAAAAUUCCUAGAGGAACACAUCUGUGCGGUGCAUGCAUGUUCACAUGCUCAUCCUUAUUAACUAAUCUCAAAUAGAAAAAUGAUGUGUAAAGACAAUGACCACAUUCGAGCCUUUCUAGUAUCAAAUCUGCUCAAUCUCGAGACCUGUCGUUGCUAGGAUCCAGAAACGUCUCAGCAAUAUAAUAAUUAAAUAAUUUGUUUAUCGUAGGUACAGGAUGCAAUCUGCAAAGGAAAGAAAAAAAAAGGUUGGGUAUAUGCAAUUUCUUGUUUAUAAGCAUAGCGGGGUAACGUGAAUCUUUUUAAUAUAACCUAUGUAAAAUAUUGAUUUUUAUACAAAUCUUUUAAUACAAAAGUCUUUUUAAAAAAGAGGAAGGAACCUGGACAUUGAGAUUUAGAUGGGAAAGUAUAUGAGUUCCACUUUUUGUCUGUACGAUUUUGCACAGGGACACCUUCGUUUCCAUGUUUUGAUGUUCUUACAGGAACUAAAAAGCAGUACCCGAGCACCUAAAAAAAAGGAGGGUUUCAGAGGGUUUUUGUAAAGAGUAUUUAUAGAGUAUGACAGCGGGACUUACAGGGUCACUGUCCCCACUUAUGUGCCAGUAGACUAUUUGCACUUGUCCUUGAAGAUAUUAUCCUUUGCGUACGGCGGCGUGCAAUUUUUUUCCAGGCGACCUCUUUGGCACACGAUUGGAGCAACCAACCGCUCGGAGCCACUGCGGGCGUGGAUUUAGUACCACUGAGAGAGGAGGAACAGGGACUUGAAAUCAGAGAAGCGGAUGAUUAUAACCAUAGCAGUUAUACUGUAGGCUAUUAUGUAAAAACAUUAACAAUGUUCUUUCAUUUUUGCUAUGUUUUAGGAAGAUGAAGUUAUCCCCCAGCAGCACUUUAUAUCUAAUCACUGUACAAAGGAUUAAAUAGUCAAUCAAUUCAAGGUUUUUAAAAAAAAGUGGAAGAAAACGUAGGUCUGGUGAAAUGAGACCUUCGAGGGGUGAUCCAGUCGCAGGCUGCGUGCACACCCCUCCGUUCUGUUGUUCUAGUUGUUAGCGAUCAUGUUCAGAAUUUGCCUUUUUGAGAGCUAAUGCAAAAGGUGCUUGUCGUUCACCUGAUUGAAUCUCAUCUAUUGUACUUUACUGUCCUCUUUCAGGACUCUACUACCCAUCAUCCAUGACUGCAUACGCCUUUUCUCCACAGCAUCGUGUCUGCAGCUUUUUGCCAAUAUAGUAAUGCUUCAGUAGAGUAAUAGCUAGUACCAGUUUUUGAAUUACUUCUCAUUAUCAGUGAAAAUGGAAAAAGGGGUUUUAAAGCACAAACUGGCUGCUCAUCUGAUGUUGGUACAUAAAUAACAAAUCUGAAAAAGAGUUAUCUGUGACUAUCUAUAGGGAACACAAAAACGGUCGUCAAGUAUUUAGAAUGCUGACUUUUCAUAUAAAUUAUUGUGACUCCAUCAGAGUUUAUUAUUUUCUUUGAGCCGAUUCAUUUUGAGGUUGAUUUGAGUGACCAUUAACAAAGACAGGAUUUUGUAUAAACUAUUGUGCUCUCUGUGGAACUGAAGUUUGAUUUAUUUUUGUACUACACAGCAUGGAUUUGUUGACAUUUUAAUUUUGCUAUAAAUGUGUGAGAUCACAAGUUGCUGUGAUAUUUAAUUUAUAAAUUGUGAACUUUGUACAAUUUUUGUCAUGCUGGAUGUUGACACAUCUUACUCUGAAUAAAGAAAAAAAAUGUGUUGCCAGAGGCCUGUAAAAUAA